AUGUAUCCCAGCUUGCGCUAUGUUAACCAUCCUUCUCUUUUGAUAGAUAAAUGGACGCUGGAGGAGCUCAUUACAGAAGUGGGCGAUAUGGAUCGGGGCGCUGCAUUCGAAGCCCUCGUCACAUGGGUGAACAUGGGCGUGUUGAAGGAGGACUCAGAGAGUAUGUUUGGGCUUCUUCAGAGGGCGGAGGAGGGCGUGUCUGGUAAGGGGUCACCUGGAGGAUGGGGUGUUUCUGCGGGUCCCGAACUACCGCACGUGAUAACUGCGCAACAACAACAGACCGAACAGAUGAAGGUUUAUUGGAAGGAUUCAAACCAUGUCAAGGUUCGCGCCGGGGUACGAUCAGUCGAUUGA